AUGGCGUCAUUUUCUGCUUCCAUCGACACGAAAGCCUGUGCUGCCUCUCUUUCGCCAAGCUCUCCUGCCGAAUCCCUCGAUCUGGAAUUGGCCGUCACCGAACCCCCUCAGUCGGAGUUCGAUGGCAGUGUGCUCGCCAUGAACGGCAGGGAUGUACAGAAGCGACGCAGGAAGCAUCAUGAAGAUCACGAUUGGGUUGCUGUAUCUCCUGAGGAAACAGAGCUGGAGAUGGAUGCUGCGGAUGACAUGAGUGAGGUCCUGCAUGGAAUUUCGAAGGAUAUCUUUUUCGCGGGAGGUGACAUGGCGGGGUCAAGGAGAGCGGCAGGGAAGGACGAUGACCUGUGUGAUAAACCUUCUUCUUCUUCAUAUUCUGCCAUCACGAGAUACAGCUCAAACAAAAAGACCCGAAAGGAAAGCCGCGGAGAUGCCUUGAUCUUCCCGGGUGAUUUCAACACCGAGCGAGGCUCGUAUGUUAUCGAGGAGAAGAUGCGCAUCUCCAACGACAAAGACCUUUGUAUGAACGGAUUGAGGAGGUUGUCCCUGAAAGUCCAAUGCGAUGGACCGCCAGGAAUGCUCUUGAACAACGUGCUCAAUGCCAGGGAUAAGCGUAAACAGACUCUCGCUCUCUAG